CAAAGGUUAGGACUACGGAACGACGAUGAAGAAGAGGAUGUCGCGCUCUACGUAACUGUGUUGACUGAAUCUACUGAAGAUAUAUGUGAAUAUAAUAGACUGACUUAGAUGAAAAUAUAUUUCGUAAUCUUUGUUCUAGUGACAUGUAUUUGAGUAAAGGGUUAGUGUAUUUGUUUUUAAGACCUUUUCGAUAUCCUACCCACCGCUUGCCGUGUUCAAAAAAACUAUGAAUGGUAUGAUGGAGUCCUCUCAUUCUGGCAGCCGCUCUGGAGCACAUCAUCACCACCAUCAUAAGCCUAGAAACUACAAACUUGUAGUUGACCCCUUUCUCGUUAAAGGUGCAUCAAAGUUGUACAGAUAUGAUGGGAAUAUACCAAAUGACCCAACAUAUCCUCCAGUACAACUUCGGGAUCCACGAAAACAACCUCCAAAGAUAUGGGGAACACCUGACCCUCUUGAUAUUCCUUUACCCAGAUUUAAGAUUGAUGCAAAUUAUGUAGGGAUUCCACCACCAUUAGAAGUAACAAUUUGUAAUUUGAAUGACAAUAUUGACAAAGCUUUUCUAUCAGAUAUGGUGCAAAAAUUUGGUCCUGUAGAAGAAUUAUUUAUCUAUUAUCAUCCUGUUUCUAAUAAGCACCUGGGCUUAGCCAGAGUGGUUUUUGAGGCAAUAAAGUCUGCCGCUGCUUGUGUUGAGAAACUCAACAACACGUCUGUUAUGGGGAAAGUUGUUCAUGUCUUCCUUGAUGCAUUUGGUGAGGAAUGUCGAAAGAUUUUCCAAGAGAAGACACAAGACAAGAAGGAGAAGGAAGCCGUACCUGAUGUAGGGUUGGAUGAAUCAUCAUCAGGUGCUACAGACAAGGAAGAUGUACUUGUGAAAAAACAGUUGCCAAAGAAGACUGGAAUAGCUCCUCCAGAUCAGAUUUCGGAUGAUUUGGAUCAUUCAUGGCCAGAUAAGGAUGAACUGUUGCCUCGUGGUGUUAAUCACAAGAAAGAGCAUGUGCCAUUUGCUCAUCAUGAUAAUAGGGAUUACAGUACUCCAACAGACCAUCGAACAUUCCCUGUGUCAAGACAUCAUGACUAUCCUACCCCAGGCUCUAGUACAAGUGACUAUGGCACAGCCCCUAGUGAAACUGGAAGCUACUCUGAAAGAAGUUAUGGUAGCAACAAAGACUAUGGCUACCAUGGUUCGACACCAUCCAACCAUUCAGCUCACAGCACCCCUAUUAGUUACGAUUACCAUAAUCAUUAUCCUUCUGCUCCUCCUCCCACCUCUCAUUCUACACACUAUCCGCCGUUUCAUCCACAGACUAGCCAGCAUCAUCCCAGGCCUCCCAUUGCACCCCCACCACCACCACCACCACCACCAUAUGGUCAUCAAAUUCACCCUCCACCCCACACAAUACAGACUCACAUGCCACCUCCACCCAUUCACCACACUCAUCCCUUAGCUCCACCCAUCCACUCAGCAUCUCAGCAGUGGCAGCAAUCAUGGAGUGAAUCGCAGCCAAUGCUGCCACUCUGGGAGCAGUCAGCACGGCCCAUUCAGCAGUCAGCAUUACGUCAUAUCCCAGUGCAUAGUGGUACAGUAACCACACUUCCUCCAGCCAAUGCCACGCCAACAUGGACACCUGCUGCUGGUGACGGACGUAAUAUUGUUUUCUCGCCAGAAAGAGGUAGUGGGAAGAAGGACGUGAAGCCAAGCGGAAAAGGGAAUGCUUCCCAAAAGUCUAGUGAAAGUUUGAGUCCAGAGACACCAAAAGUUUUAGAUUUGGAUACGAGAAUUGAAAUGCUACUCAAAGGUAAAGGAGCUGGUGGUUUGGCUCCACCGUUUCUCCAGCUCGGAAUCAGCAGUGAUUCUGAGGAGGAUACACCUAUAAAAUCUGUUGGUAAAAUAUCUUCAAGGCGUUCGUCAGGAAGUUCAUCAAAGCAUGGAUCUUCAAGACAUCGUCAUUCUUCUUCAUGUCGUCAUUUGGACAGAUCUCAGCAACCGUCUCAGUCUUCUAGCAGUUCUGAUACAGACGGAGCAACAUUACCUCCCCUUCCUCUUAUGCUUAGUCUCCCUCCCCCACCAGGUGUUGAUGAACCAUUGCCCCCACCUCCUCCAUCUGACAAAGCUGACCAAGAUGAAGCUUUAUCUACACCUCCCUCACCAUUCCUGUCUGCCGAAAUUUAUUUGAAGUGGCAUCAGAUUGGGAUCGAACAAGCUCGGAAAGCUCGGGAGAAAGAACAAGAGGAAACUACAGGUCUGUUGGAAAGUGUGAAUCUAAAUAAACCUGUCAUUGACAAUGAUGACCUAGGCAGCAUUAUUAGCAGCAGUGAGGAUGAGACUUUGACUGCUACACACAUAGAUAAAAGUGGCAAGACUCAAUCUGAAUAUUUUAGUCCACAACAACAAAGGCAACAAGAGAGCAGCACUGAGGAUUCUGAUCAAGCAACAGAGCCACCAGCAACACUGGAUUUGCCACCAAGGGUUGAACCUGAAGGUGGUAGCAGCCGAAAAUCAACCCCCUUGCAGGAUGAGCAUAGAGAUGAUGAUCGCAUGUCACUUUCCAGUCUGAGCUCUGGAGAUGAGAAGAUAGAGGUGGCAUCUCAGCCACCUGUCAACAUGUAUCCAGCCCCCCCACCAUACACAAUGUAUCCACCACAUCCAUAUCCCCCUCCUCCUUAUUACCACCCACCUCCGGCACCUUUAUAUCCUGGUGCUGCUGAGAUGUAUGCAUGGACUCGACCUCCAGCACCUGGAAGUAACUACCCAUACCCACCAAUGAUGUAUCACCUUCCACCACCACCACCAGGUUUUCCUGCAAAUACUCAGUACCCUCCAGGUAUAACUCCAUUGGGAGCAACAGUGCACUAUGGAUACCCUAGCUUCCACCCUAGAUUUCCACAGACACAAGGACAGAUUCCAUGUACUGACCCACAAGCACCAACUAUUAAUGGCGUGAUUGACAGGGUAAUCUCCGAGUUGAAGCAAAUAUUAAAACGAGACUUCAAUAAAAAGAUGAUUGAGAACACUGCAUUUAAAUCAUUUGAAAACUGGUGGGAUGAACAAGAGAGGAAAUCCAAGUUGCAGAAUAGUUCACUUGACAUGGAUUCAGUGCCACUUGAGAAACUGUCAACUGUUACACAUGGCAGCAAGCAAGAGAAUCUUCUAAACUCAAUUUUAGAUACGGGUAGGGAGAGUUUCAGCCUGGAUUCUGUUGGUCUUGGAGGAUUUGGACUUGGCUUCAGAGCAGCGUUACCAAAAUUGCCCUCAUUCCGGCGAAAGAUUAAAGCACCCUCACCUCCUCCCUUGGAUGAAGAUGACUCUCGGCGGGAGUUGGUGGAAAGUGACCAGGAUGAAAUGGUACAGGCAUCUGAUUCUGAAAUGCAGAUUCAAGUUUCACGAUCACAUUUCCAGCGACGUGGUGAAUCUGAUGAUGAGUCGUCCAAGCUCUCUCCAAUUUCAUCGAGGACAGAGAGCAGCAAAUCUUCAGACUCAAGUUCAUCAGAAUCAUCAUCAUCAUCUUCUGAAUCAGCAAGUUCAGAAAGUGAAGACAGCUCAGAUAGUGAAGCAGAGGAUGAAGGGGAAGGUCAAACAGAAGAUGAAGAAAGGAGGAAAAAUAGGCUCUUGGACCUUGUUGAUAUGGAAGAUCUUGAAGCAUUGCACAGACUCAGGGAUCAGACACCUGAGGGAAGUGUGACUCCAAUUCCAGCAGAAGAAACUUUUAGUGACUUUGAGUCAAAUGAAGGUGAUAGUGAAACUCUUAAAAGUAGAGCAGCUGAACCUAGUGAAUUAUUUCCAUCUGCUUCACCUGGUUCAAAUAUGGAUAGUGCAGAUCAUGUAGCAAGGCGAGAGGAUUCCAGAAUAGAAGUUUCCGCAGUAGAAGCUUUGAUGGCUCUUGCAGGUGAAUCCCUUGGCCACAAAACCAUAGUUCAAGGAAAAAUUAAAUUAGAGACAGGUGAUACAACAGAAACAUCACAGCAGUCACCUCCAAGUUCAGAUGAUGAAGCAUUAGCAGUAAGAAGGCUCAAAAAGCAACAUGAAUCUUCUCACAUGCGAGAGAACAGAUUGGAAAUUGAUGAAUGGACAGUGUUGCAUAAAGUUCCUAAUAAAACCCAUGUCUCGGUUAUUAAUGGUGAAGUGAUUGGAAAACAGAGUCCCCUGGAUAGGACAGAUACAUCAUUGGAGAAUGACAUGGAAGAGGAAGGAGGGUCCCCUGCACCACAAAUUGCAAUGGAGCAUUCGUAUAGCCUACCUCCUCAAAAGGAUCCAUCCACAUCACCAGCAAGCAUAGCUGAAAGUGAUGGAUCUGUCAAGAGAAAGUUAUCCCAUUAUCAAAAAUCUCAACAGUCACCUGAAGAAGCUGCAUUUAAUCAUGAUCAUGGUUACAUGAUGCCACAACCUAAGACACCGCCAAAACCUCUGGCACCAGUCAUGGAGGAUAAUGAAACCACAAUAACACCAAAGUCAAAGAAACCUAGGAAAUCAUUUAAGUUUGAAGGUGCUUUAAUGACACCAAAGAAAUCUAGAGUUUCUCAUUCAACAGAACCUGUUGUUUUUGGUAAAAGAGACAUUAUGGCUGAAAUGACAGUUUUGUAUGAGUUCUUAACCCGUGGUAUUGAUGCAGAAGAUGUAAGUUACUUGAGGAGGAGUUAUGAGGCAAUGUUGGCAGAUGACACUCAAGGCUACUGGCUCAAUGAUACUCAUUGGGUUGAUCAUCCUGUGACUGACCUUGCUUCACCAGCGAAGAAAAGGAAACGUGAUGGUAGUAGAGUUCAUACAACUGGAUGUGCCCGGACAGAAGGUUUUUAUAAAAUUGACGUUAGAGAAAAGGCAAAGCACAAGCACCAUUAUGGACAAACAAUCCAGCAGGCAGGCGGGAAUGUCGAAGUUGGUGUUGGAGGAAUGGCAGACCUGCCCAAAUCUGUAUCAGGCAAGAUGCAGGCGUUAUCUCGUGAAGCACGUAGUAAUCAGCGCCGCCUCCUUACAGCAUUUGGAAUUGAUACUGAUAGUGAUCUCUUGAAAUUUAACCAGCUGAAGUUCCGUAAGAAGCAACUCAAGUUUGCCAAGUCUGCAAUUCAUGACUGGGGCCUGUUUGCGAUGGAGCCAAUAGCAGCUGAUGAAAUGGUGAUAGAGUAUGUGGGACAGAUGGUUCGUCCAGUAGUGGCUGACUUGCGAGAAAGGCAUUAUGAAGCAACAGGCAUAGGCAGCUCAUACCUGUUUCGAAUCGAUGUAGACACUAUCAUCGAUGCAACAAAAUGUGGCAACCUUGCUCGAUUUAUCAACCACAGCUGCAAUCCCAAUUGUUAUGCCAAAAUUAUCACAAUUGAAGGUCAGAAGAAAAUAGUUAUUUACUCCAAACAGCAGAUAAGUGUUAACGAAGAGAUAACAUAUGACUACAAAUUCCCUAUCGAAGACGAGAAGAUACCAUGCUUAUGUGGUAAUGCGCAGUGCCGAGGAACACUGAACUAAAUCAACACAGGAGGUUGAUCAUGUACAAAAAUGAAAUGCACUUUUUGCUUGAUUUCAUCAUUCUGCAUACAAAUUCAGCAAAUAUAAACACAUUUGUUAAGUGUGUGGAUCAGUGGAGCAUGACAUCGAUAUUAAAUGUGCAUUCCGGUGAUCCUGGCAUUGCUGCUUUAUGUGCAGACAGAAUUAGCAAACUUAUUUACAUUGUGAUUGUAAAGACAAAAGUUGACUAUUAUUAACAUGGUUUAAAAUUUUAAGUGGAAUUGACUCUAUUGCCUAGCCAAUAGAUAUACUUGUGUUAUGUGUACAGUGAGUGUGUGUGUGAAUGUAAAAAUCUGCAUAUGCUAGAUAACAUCCUCAUUCUAGCUGAGAGAAUGGACGUGUUACUUGGUGCAUUGAAGUGAAGUGUGAAUUUUUUAGACCCAUUAGCUGAAAGCUUGAUACAUUAUUACAGUACAUAGAAUCUGUCCCAAUGUACAGUUAAGAAUGCAAAGAGUAAAACCCCCAGUCUCUUUUCUUUUU